ACACGCUGCCGCCUGGCGGGAUGGACAUCCCGGGGACGCGGCACUGAGCGAGCACCGAAGUCAAGCAAGCCUGCGGUUCCCCCCGGGAGCCCAACACCGUUCCCUCGGCCACGAUGAUCCCUCCAAGUGGCGCCCGCGAGGACAGCGGGGAUGGGCUGACCCGGGAGGCUACGGGCACAGAGCAGCCGCCCUCUCCUGCGUCCACCAGCAGCCUGGAAUCCAAGCUCCAGAAACUAAAACGGUCACUUUCUUUCAAGACCAAGAGCUUGCGGAGCAAAAGUGCUGACAACUUCUUCCCAAGAACCAACAGUGACGUGAAACCACAAGCAGACCUGCUGGCCAAGGCCAGCCCGGGGCCCAGCCCCAAACCCAUGCCGGGAAGCCCGGCACCCAUGCCCGCCAGGGCUGGCCUGCACCCCGGCAGCAACAGCAAGGUCCACGCCUUUCAGGAGCAUGUCUUUAAGAAGCCCACCUUCUGUGACGUCUGCAACCACAUGAUCGUGGGAACACAUGCUAAGCAUGGACUACGCUGUGGAGCCUGCAAGAUGAGCAUCCAUCACAAGUGUGCAGACGGGCUGGCACCCCAGCGGUGCAUGGGCAAGCUGCCAAAGGGAUUUCGGCGUUACUACAGCUCCCCCUUGCUCAUCCACGAACAGUUUGGAUGCAUUAAGGAAGUUAUGCCCAUUGCUUGUGGCAAUAAGGUGGACCCGGUGUAUGAGGCCCUCCGAUUCGGCACUUCCCUGGCCCAGAGAACAAAGAAGGGCAGCUCGGGCAGUGGUUCCGACUCACCCCCCAGAACCUCGACUUCGGAGCUUGUAGAGGUCCCGGAAGAGGCUGAUGGGCCAGGAGAAGGAUCUGACCUCAGGGCACGCAGCAACAGUGUGUUUACAUAUCCAGAAAAUGGUACCGAUGACUUCAGAGACCAAGUUAAGACCAUAAACCACCAGGGACCUCCUUCCAAAGACCCAAUACAGAUGAACACCUAUGUUGCCUUGUACAGAUUUAUACCACAGGAGAAUGAAGACUUGGAAAUGAGGCCGGGAGACAUGAUUACUCUUCUAGAAGACUCCAAUGAAGACUGGUGGAAAGGAAAGAUUCAGGACAGGGUUGGUUUCUUUCCAGCCAACUUUGUUCAGAGAGUAGAACAGCACGAGAAGAUUUAUAGGUGUGUUAGAACCUUCGUUGGCUGCAAGGACCAGGGGCAGAUAACACUGAAAGAGAAUCAGAUCUGUGUGACUUCUGAGGAAGAACAGGAUGGCUUCAUCAGAGUCCUGAGCGGGAAGAAGAGAGGCCUCGUCCCACUGGAUGUGCUGGUAGAUGUGUGACGGCGACGGCGGCGGCAGUCCCUCAGGGUGCAGGAGGCCGGCCCUGCUGAUCUCACUGUGUCCACCCAAAGGAGCAGCUGCAUUGACAAGUGCCCAGGAAACAGGGAGAUUUGAAGACCUGAGACUGGGGUGGCAGUCUGGAAGCAGCACUGUGCAGCACAUCCAGGCUCCCCGAGAGCAGCAUCCCAGGCUGACGGCAGCUGGGGGUGGGGAGUGGGCUGUAGCCAAGGCUGCCCCGGAACUCAGCUCCCUUCCUGCCCACCUGUGCAGGUCAUGGUGUGGUCCUAGUGAGAAGUUUAGAUCCGAGCAGCCAAGUGUUACUCUGGUUCCAGAUUACUGUCCCCAGUGCUGGCCAAUCAACCUCAUCAUGACUCCAUGAGAAUCAAGAAGGAGAAUCAAGAAGGCCAUCCUCCCAGCUCCCAGCACCCCGCAGCUCACUCCAGCUCCUGCUCAGUUUGUGACUCUGCUGGCAGGAUUGUUCUUUCUUUCUCUUCAGUCCCUGGAGCACAUCCUAGACAGGGCUGAAUUGACAUGGUACCAAGUGCAAAGAACUGACUUAUGUAGGGUUUGCUAACCAGGGCAUCCUUGCUACAUGGUGACCCACGGAGGUGACAGAGCAAGGGCAGAGGCACAGAAUCAAGCAGCAGCAAGGAGAAAUGGGAGUGAGGACAGGGCAAGGGUCCCUUGUGUGUUGGGAUUGGACAGCCCUUUCAGUUGGGGUGGGGCUGGGAACGGGGAGUAGGGAAAUCUCCAUUGUCAUUUCACCCCCUCUCUAUCAGGAGCAUCACACCUUCCCUCCAGCAGCCUGUAGGACUGCGUUGUGGAGGAUGAGUCCACCGUGCAGGGAACCGGGGACAAGGGAGAAAACCAUCUUAGGAUAAAUGUAGCCAACUUAGAAUCCAGUCUUCUCUGGGGCAGCAUUUCCAGCUCCGGCAGGUGUGAAGUGGGAACGAACCUGAACUGGCAAUGCUUCAUCUCUGCACAAACAGAGGAAGCUGGGGCUUAGCUCAUGUCACCUAGGGAUACUGCUCUCUACCUGUACUGAUGUUUACAAGAACAUACCACACUGCGAUGCCUUCCUCCUAAGCCCCGUCCCAGCAUUCAGACCUGCUUCCUAGCAGUCACUGACAUGUUUCAAUGUGACUCACAGUGACUUUGGAAUUAAUGUUGCUUUGAUUUGUUUUGCCACUGAGCAAUAAAACCAU